AUGGCUGAGAUGAAGAAGAAGCUAGAAACUGAGAGUUCAGCACUAGAGGGCGCAGAAGAGGGCCGCAAGAAAAUACAGCAUGAGCUGGACAGCCUGACACAACAGCUGGAGGAGAGGACUGCCGCCUAUGACAAGCUGGACAAAACCAAAACUCGCUUGCAGCAGGAGCUGGAUGACCUCAUGGUGGACCAGGAUCACCUGUGGCAGAUUGUCUCCAACUUGGAGAGAAAGCAGAAGAUGUGUGAUCAGAUGCUCACUGAAGAGAAGACCACUUCGACUCAGUAUGCUGAGGAGCGUGACAAGGCCGAGGCAGACUCCAGGGAGAAGGAAACCAGAGCUCUAAAUCUUGCCCGUGACCUGGAGACGAUGACAGACCUGAAGGAUGAGCUUGAUCGGACCAAUAAGUUGCUCAAGGCUGAGAUGGAAGACUUGGUCUCCUCCAAAGAUGAUGUUGGCAAGAGUGUUCAUGAGCUGGAGAGGUCCAAGCGUGCCAUGGAGCAGCAGCUGGAGGAGAUGAAAGUUACACACAUUUUCUUGCAAUAAGACGAGACAUUACAUGCUUUAUUGGCUUGAAUUUCCCCACAAUAAGGCUAAUAAAG